AUGGAAAGGAAUCAGCGCCAAGCUAGAGCUAUUGGUACCUAUGAUCAACCCAAUAUACAUGGGAGUAGGCUGGGGAUCACAGCUGUGGAGAACAACAACUUUGAGAUCAAAUCCAGCUUGAUCAACAUGAUAGAGAACAACAAGUAUCAUGGUCUUGCUUUGGAGGAUCCACUUGAUCACUUGGAUCAAUUUGACAAGUACUGUGGCUUUUCAAAAACAAAUGGUGUUUCUGAAGAUGCCUUCAAGCUGAGAUUGUUUCCAUUUUCUUUGGGAGAAAAAGCUCACACAUGGGAGAAGAACUUUCUAAGUGAUUAUAUCACGACUUGGAAUGAAUGCAAGACAACCUUCCUCAACAAGUUCUUCUCUAGCUCAAGGACUGCCAAGCUUAGGAAUGAGAUCUCUGGGUUUCAACAGAGGAAUCUUGAAGGUUUUAGUGAAGCAUGGGAAAGGUUCAGAAGCUGCUGGUCUCAAUGCCUACAUCAUGGUUUCACCAAGGAGAGUCUGCUCAGUACCUUUUAUAGAGGAGUUUUACCUAAGUUCAGAAGCCAGCUGGAUACUGGUAGCAAUGGGUUCUUCUUGGGGAGAACUGAAGAAGAUGCUGAGAAACUUGUUGAGAACAUGGCUCAUAGUGAUUCAGUCUACAAUGAUGAGCAUGAUAGAAGCAACAGAGGCAGUGGAGGAGAUGAUCAGAACACAAGGAAAGAGUUGAAGGCUUUACAAGACAAGUUGGAUAAUCUUCUCUCAGAUAGAGCUAAACAAGAGAAGGUGAACUCUAUUGGUGAGCAGAAACAAGAGGGGAUUGAUGUGGUUAAUGAAGUUGAUGGUCUAGAAGGUCAAGAAGAGUUGUGCUUUGUGAAUGCUAAUGAGACAUGGUACAAGAAGGAGCCUAAAUUUCAGUACCACAACAACUACCAACAAAAGCUCUUCUACAACAACCAGCAAGGUGGUUGCCAAUCUACACAAGGCCAAGUUGGGUCUUCCACUUCUUCCCCUCAAGAAAGUAGCAUCAAUACUAUGUUGAAGCAAAUCUUGGAGUCUCAGAAUAACACUGCAAAGAGCAUUGGAGAUGAAUUGAAGAUUCUCCACACCAAGAUUGAUGGGAACUACAAUGACCUCAACAACAAUUUGCCUCUAUGCCUUCAACCUCCAAGCGUCCAAUGGGAUCUCUACCAGGGAAAUCAGAGCAGAAUCCCAAAGAUUAUUGCAAUGAGAGUUACGGCACAAGCUGAACUGAAGGUUGCAGCAGAGAUUCUGAAGAGAGAUGAGCACAAGGCUGAAAAACAAGUUGAAAGAGAGGCUGUGCAGAAGCUAAAGGAAGUUAAGUUGGAAGGAACCACUGAGGUUGAGCAUUCACCUUAUGAUAAUCUCCCAUUUCCACAAAGGGUCCUCACCAAAGCUCAAAAGAAGGUGAUCUCCAAGUUCAGAAAUGACAUGAGUGCUGUAGGAAUCAAGCUUCCAGAGAUCUCACAUAUGCGUGAUGCUCAUGUCCAAAUGAUGCUCAUCAAAGACAUUCUAGCUCACAAAGAAGAAGUAGCAGAGCUUCUUGACAUCUCUACUUUUCAGCUUGAUCCACCAAGUCUUGGGAUUGAAAACAUGGAGCCAAACAUAUCCUUACUAAUGUUUGGGGACUCCUCUUCUACAACUCCAAUUGGUCUCAUCAAGGAUUUUGCUUUGAAGAUUGGAGCUUGCACCAUGUCUAUUGAUCUCACUGUUUUGAAGAUGGCAACUGAGAAGAUAGUCCUAUUGAUCCUUAGCACACCAUUUCUCACAACAGUAGGAGCUUGCAUUGACUUUGCCAACGAGAAGGUCACACUCCUCAAUGUGAACAAAGCUAUCUCCUACCCAAUCAAGUCUCCAAUGAUGAAUGUUGAGUAUUGUGGAACCAUUACUUAUGGAGAACCUUCCAUUGAGAAGCUCAAGGGUGAAGUGAUUGAGGGGGUGAGUAGAGCCAUAGAGGCUACUCAUGACAAGAAGAAGAUGAUGAAAGAACCUCACCCUACUUCUGUUGAAAAAUAUUCACACAUUCUCACUCUUCACCAAAUAAAGUUCAAAGAUGGAGUGAUUGAGUACAAGAUCAAGUGCAAGGGAAGGUCUAAGUUAUUCUCAGGUGCAAGAGCCAUCAUAACUCCUCAGCUCCAAGAUGAUCCACUCAAGCUUCAAGAGCUCCUCUCUCAGGUCCUCACCAUCACUCUUGAAGGUGGGAAGGAUCCUCCUUCUCCGUUCUCCACUUGA